CUACUUGUGAAUCGGGAUAGAGACGGCGGGGGGCCCGGGAAGUGUUCUCUUUUCUUCUUAACAGCCUAUCACCCUGAAAUUGGUUUGUCUAGAGCUAGGGUCUGACGGUACUGUGCACUCUGACAACUCCCCUGAAAAUCUGCGGGAAAGAAGAAGCUUUCGAGCUAGAUCUUCACCAUAGAAACUUGUGGACGAUGCUUGAGAGUGGAUUGCCUCGUCCUGCAUCCUCCGGAAGAUGAUAUAAACAGAGGAAGUUCUUGUGUGUAUCCUCAGAAGUUCUUUCAAUAGUGGAGUUUUCGUUCUCUCAAUGGUGCUUUUGCCAUGCUGAGUAGGGGAUGGUAUGACGCUACAAGAGAGGGCAAGACAGAGGACGACUCGUCGGUUCUUAGGCCAGAUGUUAGGUCUGUUUAGACGCCGUCAUGGAAAUAUGUUGGUUAGACAGUGAGAGAGGUUGCCGAGGGGCAGUAGCUUGGUUGUCGGCAUAUCCGCCAACAACCAUACAAUCAUUUUCUACAGUUCUGUUCACUUUUGGUUGCAAAUUGGAGAAUCUGAGGCUUAUAACAAGAGACAACGGCUAUAGAACACUACAUAUAUACCGCACUAUAUGAAGAAUAAUUAUACACAACUAUGGACUUGAGAGAACUAGGCCCCCUGUCUGUGUUAAGUUAUAUACUAGGCUAGAACAACUGGUACGUGCGCGGUGAGGCUAUACAGGCAACAGUUGGUUGUCCUGUGAGAAGGAUGCGUUAGUCGAGUUACCCCGCCCCCAUCCUGCCACAUUACACCUCGACGUUUAUGAGUGCGACCUUGCACCUCGCCGUCCGUGAGUGCGAUCGACCGCAGCAAUGGAAGGCCUAGGAGCAGCGGCUGCGGCGGAGCAGCUUGUUAGAGAUGCCUUCAAGCUAGUCCAGCUGAUUAGGUCUAUCCGCGACAAAUAUCAGGGCGCUCCAAAGGAGCUUGAGGCUUGGCGCCAGGAAGUUGAAGAUUUAUUGGGGCUUAUCAAGAAUAUCGAAGCGUUGCCUACCCUCGACGGCUAUGAAAUCGAUGCCACCAUCGAAAGCUGCAGAACUAUCUGUCGUGGCCUUAUAGAUAUCUUCAGCGGCCUUGAUUUCACAGCUAGUGACUCGCGGUUACAUAAGACUUGGCUGGCCAUCAAAGGCAUAGACCAGGAACCAGUAGUGAUAAAGCAUUUCGAGGAGCUACAACGAUUUAAGGGGACGUUGUUAAUUAAGAUCAAUAUUUCUCAAUUCACGCAAGGGUAUCAAACCGCGCAAGAUGUCCAAUUCAUCAAAGCAGCGAUUCAGCCUGGAACUGAAGAAGAGCGAUGUCUGAAAAGUCUCUUCAUCACUAAUCCAACCGAUCAUCGAGAUGCAAUCAUUACUGCCAAGGGCGUCAGAGUCGAGGGCACAUGUGAGUGGAUCACAUCUACCGACGAGUAUAAGGCUUGGAUCAUGUCUCCUCCGAGUCUUCUUUGGCUAUCAGGAGGGCCAGGAAAAGGAAAGACUUUUAUCUCUAUCUUUCUCACCAAGCGCCUAUCAGAGUCUGCACAUGUUAUAUACUUCUUUUGCGAUAAUAAAGACGCAUCUCGGAACACGGCUGUUGCGAUCAUCCGUGGCCUACUAUAUCAACUUAUCGACAAAUACCCGCGACUUCUACACCAUGUAUUUACUCCAUGGAAAAUACAACAGGAUGCUUUAUUCAAUAGCAACUCCUUCGAAAGUCUUUGGAGGAUAUUCCAGACAAUGCUAGAGGACCUGGACCUUGGGACGGAUUUGAUCUGCGUCCUUGACGGACUAGAUGAAUGCGCCGAUGAUUCUCUUCCGAAUCUACUUCAGAAGAUUAAGAUACUCUUCACAGAGAGCGUAGACAAGCAUAGACUAAGUCUCAUAAUUCUUAGUCGGAGACACCCCGAGUGUCUCGAGAGAAUGCUGGGCUCAUUCCCGCGAAUCGACCUAGAUUCCGAUCAGAUCAGCAAUCAACCCGACAUAAAUUCAUACAUCACCUCUCGAGUUGCGCAACUGGCCGAGCGAAAGGGGAUUUCUACGAGCCUUGUUAAGCACAUCGAAGAGACGUUUCGGGAGAAAUCGCAAGAUACAUUCCUCUGGGUCAGCUUCAUGGCUGAUGACCUUGAGAAGCAAACGGUACCCGGGAUCGAAAAGGCACUGCAAACACUCCCAAAAGGGCUGGAUGAGAUUUAUGAGCGAAUAUUGCUGAGUAUAAAGCCAGACAACAUUGCCAUCAUCGCAACUAUGCUGAAAUGGAUUUCGCUGGCUAUGUUUCCACUGACAGUGCCUCAGCUAGCUGAAGCCAUGCGGAUUAAUGCAUCCGGUUAUCUAUCAAAAGAAGAGCUCUGUGAGAGCUAUAUUGAAUCUUGUGGCCACUUACUUCAGCUUUCUCGCCUUAGCGAUGCUGAUGAGGAGGAGUCUCAAGAUGCCUCGUCCUCAAUCAGUAUUAGAGUAACCUUUGUCCACCAAAGCGUUAAAGACUUCCUUUUUGGACUAGCCAGGCACCAUGCAAUCUCGGCUUUCCACGUGAAUAAGGCACAGGGUGAUCUUGACAUCGCCUGUCAAUUGCUAUCUUCUAUGCAGAACGAAUGGCUUAAAUGUGUUGAAGAUCAACGCCCUUGGCAGGGAUACAAAGACAUCAAUGGAUACCCUCUAGCCCAAUACGCACAAUCGAAUUGGGACCUACACCUGAAACGACUACAAGACAAGGGCCUUUGGCAAUUAAUUGAUAGGAACCCGCUUUUCUUCUCGGAUAUGUCAGCUAUUAGAGACAAAUGGCGGAAUGCGAGCAGUAAAGAACUCUCAAGCACAGAAGCUAUAAACUUACUUCAAUUUUCUUGCGAAUUUGGACUUGUAGCUUUGGCGACGAAGUUACUAAAACGAAGGAAGCUUACCUCACCAUUCACGUUCCAGCGAUACGUCAACCGGCUUGCAGGACACAGCGAUUACGGGCUCUCCGGCCGGUCACCGCUGUGUCUUGCAAUUGAUAGCGGAAAUACUGAGCUAAUCCAGCUACUUUUAAGCUACAAGGCGAACAUAGAAAGUCGAUGCACAUCUUGGAAUAGCGAAAGUGCUUUACAAUACGCUACAAAACGGGGCGAUUUAGAGAUCUUCCAAAUCUUGGCGGGGACAAAAAUUGGUCAACGCAUCAUCGACGAAGACAUCAAGUCGAUCAAAAAAGGCGUAAAACGUGACUCGUUACUGCACCUGGCCGCCGGCUCUGGGAAUGGACGGAUGUGUAGUUACCUGCUAAAGCGAUAUAAUUACGAUAUCGAAGCAGAAGGGGCUGGUGGUCAAACUCCUAUUUGCGAUGCAAUUCGUGGGAAUUCUGUCGCCCUUGCUCGUAUAUUUGUGAAUCAGUGGGGUGCAAGCACUGCAGCCGCAGACAAAAUCCUCAAAGCAGCAGCUAAGUCUCGAAAGUACUUCGCUGUCCAAGGAAGUGGAGAGGAGUUAGAGUUUGUCAUUUCAGAGUUGAAGAUUGAUAUUAACGCUAGGGACGAGUGCGGCCAGACGAUUCUUCAUUAUGCAUUCGAAAGAAUGCCACAAUUGUGGUAUAGCUCGGAAACGUGCUACGCAUUCGCAGUCCGUUGUCUGGUGCUUGGUGCUGACCCAUCUUUGCGUUCGACCACCGGGCAAGCACCUUUUCAUCUAUACAGAUGGUUCGGACACCCGAGAAUCGCGCCAUUCAGGCCCGUCGUUUUGCUCCUACGUGACGGCCGACUUGGCGUUAACGAGCAAGACAACCGUGGAAUGACGUUGCUUCAUAGUCUCGUAAAUGACGCCUUCGGCCGCUAUGGGGACUUUAAAAGGAAUGACUUAUUCAAUGGACUGAGUUGGCUUCUUGAUGUUGGUGCGGAUAGGACGUUGGUUAGCUCGUAUGGGAUGACCGCUCUUCAACUAGCAAAGAAUAUAUGUGAUGAUUCUACUGAUGUGGAAAGAGGACCUAUUAUAGAAGCCUAUGAGGAUAUUGCUGAUGUACUAGAGAACUACGCCACGGUUUCAAAUCAACCUCAGAGGCUAGAUCCGCUAGAUUGGUCCAUUGAAAUUCUUGAGGAGGAUGAUGUUUAAUUCUAGGCACUUAAUAAAAAAGCAGAUCAUCAUAUUUAGCUCCAGAGACCAAUAGAUUAAAGGAG